AACAAAACAAAAAAAAACAAAAGAGUGACUAUGUAGUAGAAGAAGAAGCAUAGCAGACAAAAAGAAAAGAGAGGAGCGCAUGAAUGAAAAAGACAUGAGUACAGAAGGAAAUCAGAGUACAGGAGGAGAAGGAGUGGUGGACAGAAAACCUGGUCAGUCUGGGUGGAAGCAAUUCCAGUGCCCCAUAGCUGAUCCACACUUUCCUAGAGAAGAUAUAAAGAAGAUAUGGAAGGAGUGUCAGUACGAGAGCUUCUGGUAUCGAGCUCUUCCACUCUCUGCCGGCAGCAUGGCUGUGUCUGGUGGCCUCAUUUACAGCGGCGUCUGGAAACAGUCCAAGCGAUUUGGGUAUUUCCCUAAACUGCUUUAGGCGGGUAUUGUGGGUUACGCAGUAGGCAAAGCUUCCUAUGCCGGGACCUGCAGAGAGAAGUUCAACAGUAAACUGGGACCAGAGUUCGCCAAAGGGUUUAGUCCUCCUGGAUUUGGACCUGGUGGCUCUAAACCUGGACAUAAACACUGCAUCCAUGUGUGUGAAAAGUGCAAGCAAGAAGAAGCAACAGCGCCUGAUGCACCCACUCAGAGCUAAGAGUCUUUGGAAUCCGCAGGACAUCACUCAUUACCCCAUGUCAUUUUUAAAAGAAAAAAAUAAAAUAAUUACAACAGUAAUAUUUAGCUCUUUUGAAAAUUAUGCAAAACAAAGCAGCUAAAAUCAUCUUGAAUGGACCUUAAGCCUUACUAACCUGCAGGGGGCGCCAAGACACUACAAGACAAAUUUUUUACAAGUAGUUUAUACAUGAGGUUGAUUAGAGGGAACAAUGUAACUAAGCAAUGUAUGCUGUUGUAGUCAAAUCUGGUACAAAUGAAUCAACCUCAUAAGAAUUAGUAUGGUGCUCUUUUUAAGUUCUUAUAAUGUUACAUUCCAAUGAUAUUUGCUCAUCUUUUCUUUUGUUUAUAAUGUAGAGAAGGGAGUGGAGGUUUCUGUUCAAUUUUAUUACAGUAAGCAGCUGCCUUUUAUCAGAGUAGAAUCAUAAUAUUGUACUGCAGAACGAAGUCAUGCAAAUCUGACACUUUAAAAAAAAAAACCUUUACAAACAAGAAUCAAUAUGCAGUGAACGAAUUACAGCUAUCACAGGCUUUAUUUGAAAUGUUGGAACAUUUAAAUGUGAAUUUUCAUUAAAAGAAUUUAAAGAGCAAGCAUAUCUUAAUCUCUUAUCUCCAGCUCAGAGGACUGUAAUAACUGUAACAUCAGUGAAUAAUGCCAUUAUUAUAAUCAUGGGUCCAAGUCUAAACACAUCUACUGUCAUAACACUGUCAUAAUUGUCACUUGUGCACAGCUUUAACAAUAUGAUGCACUAGAUUGUCAGUGGAAAAUCACCCUUGAUGCUGUUAUUUAUUACAUUCCCAUUUUCUGGGUUUAUGUGAAACAGUAUCACAUCUAUUGGUUAUUAUAUCAUUUUAUUUAUUUAUUAACAAAUCUCAAGCACAUCUGACCAGAAUUUCCUAAUCAAUAAAAACACUGAUAGUUUGUUAAAAUU